CACAGAGGUCAUUUUCUUUACUUGCAAGGUAGAAAUUUUGGGAAGAUCUAAAAAAUCUUUUAUUGGUUCAAAGGUGAGAUCUUUUGAUUCUUUUCUAUUGUUGGUUCAUUUCUCUGGAUCUAAUACCCUUUGGAAUCCACUCCUAGAAUUAGAAAAAACAAUAGUAUUUCAAAGGAAUGGUUCAUGAGGUCUAAGGUUUUUGUCCAUUUUUUAUCAUUGGUUUCCUGUUUUGGGCCAUAGGUUACAGUUUUUUUAUUUUUCUUGCUGAGUUUACCCAUUAUUUUAUGUUGUUUUGGUUGCCUAUGGUUAGAUCUGGAGUAAGGGAAGCCAGUCCUGUUGUCUGUCUCUGACAAAAAGACACAAAGAGAAAAGGGAGAUGAUUUGAUUUUCUAUUCAUUUCAGACUUCUUGACACCCCCUAAGAACACAGGGAGAGUCAAGAGGAGAAUCAAACUCAGCAAUCCCAAAAGAUUCUCUUCUCCCUUUGCUUCUUAGUCUUCGAUGAAUCCUAGAAUGUGACUAUUAUUUUUGGGUCUUCCUUAUUUUCCCCAAACAAGGGAAGAAUUUUGUAGUGUUUUGGUUCUAGCAUAGGACACAUACAUGGAUCAUUUUCCCAAGGUGUUGUGUGGGUGGAGCUGGGAGGAGAACAAGUUGUUUGAGCUGGCUCUGGCUGUGGUUGAUGAGCAUCAUCCAGAUCGGUGGGAGGUGGUUGCUGCCAUGGUUGGAGGGAAGAAGAGUGCAGAGGAGGUGCAGAAACAUUAUGUGAUCCUUUUGGAGGAUUUGCAGCUUAUAGAGUCAGGGAAUUUGGACCAUAAACUGGGAGAAGCUCAGUCUGUAUACUGGACUGAUGAAGAUAACGAGUUGCUGGUUCAAGUGAACUUGAACUGAUCUCUGGAGCGGGGAAGCAGUGGAUUUAUGAAAGCAGAUUACAUGACAAAGUUCAUUAGUAGUAAAAAUGCAGGGCAUGAGAAAAAGGCUGGAUAUUCUACUUGUGUAUCAAUUCCAGUGCCACACAUAAGUUGUUCCUAAGGAAAAUGAAACCUCUGCUUAGAAGUUAACCGGCCUUAUAUAUUAGGUAUUUUGUUUUUAUUUUAUUUUUUUAUGUCACUAGACUGUUAGCUGCUCAGAAACUCUGAAUCAUCUGUGAACUGGUCAUUCCUUCAUUUACAUUCACUUACUAUGGUAUCCGAAAUAUGAACUGCUUAGCUUCUGCCUUCUCCCAGAAUUGUCCUGC